AUGUUAUUUGGUCAAGUGACAUGGAAAAGUGUUGCUCUGCUAAGCAAACAUUCUAUAAGUAUAGCUGAUAAAAAACUUGUGCACCGUUGCACUCUUCAUGAGACCAUUCGUGUCAAGAGUGGAGCCUGGGAUGAUAAUGGUGUCUUCAUAUAUACGACCCUGACGCACAUUAAAUACUGCCUUCCUAACGGGGACAGUGGAAUCAUUAGAACCCUUGAUGUCCCAGUAUACAUCACUAAGAUAUUUGGAAAUACAAUCUUUUGCUUGGACCGAGAUGGGAAAAACCGUCCCAUUAUUAUCGACUCCACUGAAUAUAUGUUCAAGCUGUCUCUGCUGAGGAAGAGAUUUGACCAGGUUAUGAACAUGAUCAGGAGCUCGGAGCUCUGUGGACAAGCUAUGAUUGCAUAUCUCCAGCAAAAAGGUUUUCCCGAAGUUGCACUGCAUUUUGUAAAGGAUGAGCGAACUCGGUUUAACUUGGCACUAGAAAGUGGGAGCUCGGAGCUCUGUGGACAAGCUAUGAUUGCAUAUCUCCAGCAAAAAGGUUUUCCCGAAGUUGCACUGCAUUUUGUAAAGGAUGAGCGAACUCGGUUUAACUUGGCACUAGAAAGUGGGAACAUUCAAAUAGCUGUUGCUUCUGCAAAAGAAAUUGAUGAGAAAGAUCACUGGUAUAGGCUGGGGGUGGAGGCCCUUCGUCAGGGUAAUUCAGGUAUUGUAGAAUAUGCAUACCAGAGAACAAAGAACUUUGAGCGUCUAUCUUUCUUUAUCUGA